AUGUCAGCUCUGAAAGCAAAAGGAUGUCUUUUUCUAGCUUCUUCUCUUUGUGAUGGCUUAGAGGAUAAUAACAUAAAACAAGUAACAACAUUACUUUUAAAUAAAGAAGCAGAUCCUAAUGUACUAAUUCCUACAUAUGGAGUAACUCCAUUUCAUUUAGUAAUAGGUAAUGACUCCGAAGCUUUUGCAGAAGAAGUCACAAAAUUAUUUUUACGACAUGGAGGUAAUCCAAAUGUCAGAUCAGUAGAUGGAUUAACUCCAGUUCAUGUAGCAGCAGCAUGGGGUAGAGUUACAGUGUUAGAAUUACUAUUAGCAAAUGGUGGUGAUCCUCUUUAUUUAGAUGAUGAAGGACGUAGUCCAUUUCACUAUGCAUUUGAUGGUAAAUAUUAUAAAGUAAUUGUGGUACUUGGAAAAUAUUGUGAUAACAUUAUAAAGGAAGAAAAAGCAGCAAAGUACAAAAUGACUUUUGAAAAACUUUUGAUUAAUAGCCAAAAUGUGGUAGCAGAAUAUAUUGUCCCAAAAAUUUCAGAUCUUGCAGAAGAAAAUAUAUUGAAUGAAAAUAUAUCUAAAGAACAUGUUAAAAAUUCCUUGCAUUUUAAUUACAGUAAUAUAAAUAAUGAAAAUCAAUUUGACUGUGCAGCAGAACUUCAAAUUCGUGAAGAAAUGGAUAAAGAAAAAUCUUUAGUUAAUGAAAUUAUUAAUCAACUUUCAAAUUCCUUAAAAUCUAAUACUAAAGAAAACAAAAUUAAUGAUGAUUAUGUACAGUCUAAAAAGAAUCUAUAUAAUACAAGUCCAUCAUCUACAAUAAGUACUGAUAACAGCAUGCCAUGUAGUGUGAAAAAUAAAUUUUCACUAAAAAUGAAAGUAAAGAAACGACCUGUUACCCCUAAAUAUAAACGACAACUGUUUGGUUAUAAUAAUAAUAUUAAAAUUCCAUUAAUACCUAUGCGUGAUCCAAAUGAUUCCAUUAUAAGCAAAUCACCAAAUUUUUUAAUGAAUAAAUCAAUAGGAAAGGAACAAAAAUAUUUAUCUCCAAAGAUAUUAAAUAAAGACUUAAAAUUUGAGACUUUUACACCUAGUAUGACAAGAAACCAAUCAUUUCAAUCAGAAGAAUUUAAUUUAGGAAAAGAAAUGGCGAGGUCUACACCAAGGAGAAGAAAACGAUUUUAUAGGCAAUAUUCAUCGCUUAGGAAACUUAGAAAAAACAAUGAAGAUACAUCUUCAGAAAACACAAGUCCAGAUUCAGCAAAUUCAUUAUCACCAAACCAUAGUUUAAAAAACUUAAAUUAUAAAUUUAAGAAAAAUCUAGCAAUAAAAUUACAUGAAAAUAAAUAUGAUGAUGAUAUACCAAUAAAUUCUAAUGAACAUGAGAACUAUGUUAAAGCAAAUACAUUAACAAGGAAUUUUACAGAAGGACUUAAUAAUAAUUUUAAAAAUUUAGAUAUACAGAAAAUAGAUUUUAAUGAGAAAAAUAAACAGCACUUAAAGGAGUAUAUCUUUAAAAAAAAGUUCUCAGACAAAGAAGUAAAAUUAAAGAAUAGUAAUACUGGAAAUAGUUUUAGAGAAAAUUUAAGUAUCUUUCAUUCUAGUUUCAAAUCUCAAUCAUACAUCAGUGUACAAGAGGAUUAUAAAUAUGAAGAUGUUGAUGAAGGUGUAGCUUUUUUAGAACGCAGAAUUUACACCUUACCACCAUGCAAAACUACAGAUUGUAUUUUACCUGACCAGUUGUGGCCCAAGUCAUUAAAUUUAUCAACAAACAUGUAUCUAACAGAUGAAAUGCUACGAAAAGAAUUAAUUCAGCAGGGUGAUAAUCCUGGACCAAUAACUAAUACAACAAGGCAAUUAUAUUUAAAACGCCUUACAAAGCUAAAAAAUAAAACACAUAAUUCGUCAUUGUUUCAAAUUAAUCACUCUAAAACUUUGUUUAAGAUGGAUCAUUAUGAAUUUCAAAUGAAACCAUUUCUAAUGUAUGGAGAUUGGAUAAAUGAUUUAGGAAGAUACAAAGUCAUUGAAAAAAAUGCUUUUAAAGAAUUUUCCUUAGCAAGUCCUUCUAGGAAAUGGAGAGAAGGAAUGAGUAAAACUAGUUUUAAUUAUUUACUCUUAGAUCCAUGUAUAACUAGAGACCUACCUUCUCAUGCAGAAAAUUUAACAAAAUCCACAGUUUGGACUACAUUUCUCUCUGCUAUAUUCUAUGUGGGUAAAGGUACACGAAAUAGACCAUACUCCCAUCUUAAAGGUGCUUUUGAUGCAUGGGUUUCAAAUCAAAAUUCUGAGAAUGCAAAAAUCCAACAUAUUUUAAAUAUUUGGAAUGGUGGAUAUGGAAUUGUAUGUCUUCAUGUCUUCCAAAACAGUAUUGCAGUAGAAGCUUAUACACGGGAAGCUGCUAUGAUUGACGCUCUAGGAAUACAAAAAUUGAAAAAUUACAAAAAUGGAGAUUAUUAUGGGAUAGCAGCAACAUGGAACAAUGAAGAAAAAUGUAACUUUGGAAGAUAUUUGUUACACCAAGCAAUGCAAAUCUUUUUAUAUGAAGGAGAAAGACAAAUAUUACCUCAAAAUUUAUAG